GGGGGGUGGGGUCGUCAUUAGCAGCUCCUUGCCAAGACGCAUCCUCAACACCAGUGAGAUGUCCCGGAUCACUAACACUUGUACAACCACGCCAACUACAACAUCAAUUUGUAAGAGGGAAACCUAGGUAGGUAGUAGGCUUCGUCUCCUCAUCAUUCGGGCUUCUACCUUACUGUGUCAUAUCAUCCUAUGUUCACGAGGAUAUGACGUCCGCUCGUUUCUCAUUUCAAUCCUCAAUUUCUUCAUGAUGGAUGCUCUACGUGUCCUCCUGGAGACCUCCACGUUCAACGAGGUGCUGAGAGGGCUGGCCAUCUCAAUUCUUCUAGCCAAGCUUACCCAAUCUACAAUAAGCAGCUCAAAAUCCCAGGGCUCUACCUUCAUCACAGCCAGCGGCUUUAUUCUGAUUUACUUUUUCGCUCGCGCGUGGCUGGCUCUCGUAAACCACUAUGCCCCUGAGCCUUACCUGGACGAAGUCUUCCACAUCCCCCAAGCCCAAACAUACUGCGAAGGCCGCUACCAUGAGUGGGACAACAAAAUCACCACUCCCCCGGGACUGUACCUCCUCUCCGUAGGUUGGCACAAACUCAUGCGUCUGGCCGAGUGCACUCCAUCUUCUCUGCGCUCCAACAACCUCGUCGCCACCCUCCUCAUAGCCCUACUUGCUCUGUCAUGUCGGCGUAGGAUCGAGGCACAGACUGCGGUUGGGACAGAAAAGAGUGCUGUUUCCCUUUACGCUUAUCAUACCGCCAUCAACAUUGCUCUGUUCCCCGUCAUAUUCUUCUUCUCGGGGCUCUACUACACAGACGUCGCGUCUACUCUGGUGAUGUUGGUGGCAUACCGGAAUCACUUAAACCGGGUGGCUUCUCAUUCCCAGAAGCCGGGGUUUCUCAAUGGUCUUUGGACUGUUAUCUUGGGCGUCGCCGCGCUCUUUAUGAGGCAGACGAAUGUUUUCUGGGUGGUGGUGUACAUGGGCGGUCUGGAGGCUGCGCAUGUGGUCAAGGGACUGAAGCCAAAGCCUGUUUCUAAGAAUGACACUCCGGACUUCGUCUUAGAAAACAUCCGAGAUUCCUUCGGUUUUUGGUUGAGGAGGUAUGCGGUGGGAGAUGUGCAUGAUCCACCGGUUGAUAUGGCCUGGCCUGAUGAUUGGGCGUUGUGUCUCUUGAGUAUCGGCAUCGCUGCUCUUUGCAACCCGCUCAGGGUGUUGAGACAGGUGUGGCCUCAUAUCACCAUCAUGGGCCUCUUUGCUGGGUUCGUGGCUUGGAAUGGGGGUGUUGUACUUGGAGAUAAAUCCAACCAUAUCGCCACGAUCCAUCUCCCCCAGAUGCUCUACAUCUGGCCUUUCUUUGCCUUCUUCUCUGCCCCUCUUCUCAUCCCCUGCGUUCUUUCUACCCUAGCAGGUCAAAUCACUCGCACCAAAUCUACCACGCCUUCACACACAACUACCAAAGACCCAGGCCGCUCUUCAUGGAGAUCUACCAAACCAUUAAUCAAAUCCAAGAAAUCCUCAACAACUAAACCACCCCAAAAAUCAGGCCCAACUCCCGCCUCCUCCUCCUUCUCCCCCGACACGAACUCAUCAGGCCGAGGCUUCCGCUUCAUCCUCGACUUGGUCCUCUCCCGCAAACUCUAUUACCCAUUUUACCUCCUCACCACCCUCCUCCUCUCCGCCGCCAUCAUCCGCUACAACACAAUCAUCCACCCCUUCACCCUCGCCGACAACAGGCACUACAUGUUCUACAUCUUCCGGUACACCAUCCUCCGCUCCUCUUUGGUUCGCCUCGCCCUCGUGGCGGCCUACACUUUGUCGCGAUGGCUCAUCUGGAAACGGCUCGAGGGGAAUAACCCUCCUUUGCGAGAUCUUGGGGGCGAGACGGGCCUGAAGAUCACGGAGAAUAAGCUGAAGUGGAGGGAUGAGUUUUCUGCAUCUCCUUUUGUUACUCAGGACUUUUACGGCCCCAAGACGAUAAAUAAUGACGAACAAAAGAACAUAAAGGCCAAGCAGAAGGAAGAAGAAGAAGAAGAAGAAGAUUGGCUCGUCGGCGGCGCCUACACAACCCUCUCCCCCUCCUCUACCCAACCUAGUCCCGCCACUUCCUCCCCGCCCACAUCUACUGUUCUUCUCUGGCUUUUGACCACCACCCUGUCUCUCGUCACUGCGCCCCUGGUCGAGCCGAGGUACUUUAUCUUGCCAUGGGUGUUUUAUCGGUUGUUGGUACCUGCUAUGCCGCUGUCUUCGUCUCUUAUCUCUUCCGGUUCUUCUUCUUCGUUUGCGUCUUCUACCACUGACAGCGGCAACGGUGAUGGCAAUGCUGCUGCCACUGCGGUGCGACAGCAACAAAACGGGAAUGGAAAAAGAGGGCUCCUCUGGAAUAUCAUCCGCAGAACCGACGCGUCGUUGGCCCUAGAGACGGCCUGGUUCCUAGCCAUCAACAUUGGGACCAUGUACAUGUUCCUCUUCAAGCCGUUUUACUGGAAGACUGCAAGUGGGGAGAUGCUGGAUGGCGGGCGGUUACAGAGGUUUAUGUGGUGAUUUAUUCUCUUGUGGUUAUUCUUCUUGGAUGCUUGACUCAAGAUGUACGUAUCUAUCUGCCUCUGUUAUCAGGUCAGCCGAAUUCCAGGUGUAAUCAUACACAGCCUGUGUAAAAGAGAGAAGAGCUCAAAAAGAAAUGUAGAGGUAGUUUUGGCACUCCCAAAGAGGGC